GUGUGUGUGUGUGUGUGUGUGUGAGGAACACGCCGCUGUGUGACACUAGUGAGGAGGCCUCUCCCUGCUUGGACGCUAACAUGUCCGAUCCGGUCAAACCCCGGACGUCCUUCCUCAUCGACGACAUCCUGUCCACGAAGGACCACGCCGCCCGAGGGCGUCUGCGGACGGCGGACGGAUGGGAGGAAGACGCCGACAAGUCGUCCGGGUCGGCGGAGGAGACUGCCGCGGCCCUGGACAAGACCUGUCCCGGCACGUCCCGGUCCGACCGCUCCCCGGCGGCGGGGAAAACCAAGCGGUCCCGGGCGGCGUUCACACACCUGCAGGUGCUGGAGCUGGAGAAGAGGUUCAAAGAGCAGAAGUACCUGUCUGCCCCGGAGAGAGCGCACCUGGCCGGCGCCUUGCGGCUGACGGAGACGCAGGUGAAGAUCUGGUUUCAGAACCGCAGGUACAAGACCAAGAGGAAGCAGCAGGGGGCCGAGUUGUGGAAGGACGCUUACAAAGUGGACCACACGGCUCUCAUCAGCACCUUCUGUCGGUGCGGACCCUUCUUGUGGGACUACAGGGGGCCGUGGAGGCCCGCCUUGUGGGGGAAGUGGGAGUAAAAUAUGACUGGCGGCUGUUAUCAUAAUAGUCUGUUUAUUUCAUGAUAACUUCUUUUAUUGCAAGUGUGAAAGUAAACAUUACAUCUCUUUCAGAACAUUGCUGUCAUUUUGGUAAAAAUAGCAUAAUUAUGUGAAUUUAACUGCGUUUUUACCUACUUCAACCUUCUUUUUUAACAAGGUUUCUGGCAUAAACACUGAAGAUAACAGAAUAAAAUAUUACAAUGCGUUAUUUUAUUGCUGUUAUUACAACAGUAUGUAUAUUUAAUGUUUUGGUACAUGAUAUAUUUGUAUGAAUAAGUUGUUUUAUUGCAGAUGUGAAAUUAAACAUUAAAUGUCUUUAA